AUUGUUCCAGUUUUCUAUGGUCAAGAGGCAAAUCCUUUGAUUAUUCCACAUCCUUAAAUUGGCAACAUUCCUAUGCGAGUGCAUCGUCCAUCCAAUCUCUGGUAACCUGCGAAAAUGAUCACGUAGAGCUACUCGACUAGCACUACAAAUUUGGCUUGGAACGUAUUCCUGGAGGUGUUUGUGUAACAUUCAGUUUGAUUUCCUUAUGUUGACUUGCCAACAGUUGAUGGACGGAAUAGGCGAUAUCAUUUUAAGCAUCAAGAGAUAGAUUGUUAGAGUGCUACAUCCUGCGUUGAUUCAGUGUUUAAGCUUGCAUUUCGCCUGAAAAAAACUUGAACACAUACUGCAUACCUCUUUACCGGGAGUACUGUACAGAUUGAAAUAGCAGUGUAUUUCAUGUGUGUUUCCAUCAGGCAACCUCAGUACAGAUAUCCUUGUUGACUUUGAAGAGGUGCACUCCAGACAUCUAGGACACCUGAAAUCAGUUAGGACACCUGGAAUCAGCUAGGACACCUGAAGUCCUCUAGUAAACCUGAAGACAUCAAGGACAUCUGAAGACAUUUAGGACACCCGAAGGAUCAGAGAGAACCCUUGAUUAUGUUCUUGAAGUCGUUGUGAAACCCUUCCCGUUACCACACCGACCCUUGAUGCAGAGCAUCUGAGAUUGAACCGCUGAGAACGAAAAGAGGACAAUGGCGCGCCAGAAACCAGAGAAGAUUUACCACAUAGCCGUGGUCGGGAUGUCGGGGACAGAGACCGAGCGUGGUGCUACGGGAGUCGGCAAAUCUUGCCUCUGCAACCGCUUCAUGAAUCCCCAUCAGGACAAGUAUUUUACAGACCACAUCUCCGUCAUCAGUUCAAGCGAUUUCAGCGGGCGCAUCGUGAACAAUGACCACUUUCUCUACUGGGGAGAAUGCACAAAGAAGUAUGAUGGUGAUACAAUGACAUUCCGAGUAGUGGAACAGACUGAGUUUAUAGACGAUUCAUCGUUUUCACCCUUGAGAGGGUCAAACACUCAUCCGUACUAUAAAAGAGCUGCGGUAACCAAGCUUCAAUCGGCAGAAAAGGUCAUGUAUAUAUGCAAAGAUCAAGUGGGUGAUGAAACUAAUUUCCCUCAAAAAAUCCUCCCCGAUGGAAAAUUCCCCGUGGACGGAUACUUGAUCAUCUACGACGUCUCACGAUCACCGGGACAUGAGAAACAAAUUGAUUGGCUCACCAAACUCCAAGGUCAACUCCACAAGGCGAAGCGGCCAGUCGUCGUCGUCGCGGCCAAGUAUGACGAGGCCUGGGACCAGUACGUGCGGGACGCAAAGGCCUUCGCGAUGAAGAUCAAAGCCCCGCUCAUCGAGACGUCUUCGCAGGAGGGAGUCAAUGUAGAUCUGGCGUUCGCGACCAUCGCGAGCAAGAUCGACAAGCGGGGUGGGCCAAAGGAGCUUCCGUUCACAGCUGGCAACGAACAGCGGCAGAAGUUGAUCACGAGAGCAGUGGAUGAGUAUGAAUCGAUGCUGAAACUCGAGGUGACCAACUACCAUGAUCUGUGGACGUCAAGGAAGAAACAAUACCAGAAUAGGGAUGUCUUUCGAAAGGUCGUUGAACUAAUUGGCACAAAGAACGCGAAGAACUACUUCACUCGGCACACGCAACGUCUUCGCCAAAACCACCAGCAGAAUAAGAUGAAACUCUACCUAGGAAGGCUUCCAGAUGCGCUGGAGAGUACAUUCCCAGAUUUAAAGUCCAUCAGUGGAAGGGACUGGACCGAGUGUCGUAUGCUACUGCCUCAGAUGGCCCACUUUGAGGAGUGGUUCAUCAUCCUACCCCAAGAUCAAACCUGGAGGGAGAGCGAGUACAUCGAUACGGACGAGCUCCGCAUCCCUUACGACCUUCUCGAAGGCUACGAAGUCGAGUGUGAGAAUUGCUUCCAGGAUCACGUCAAUAGGCUCAAUGCUGCGAAGAGGAAAGAGAGAAUGAAAGCGGAAUUCAAGAAGCUCUUGGAAUCUCUCCCAAACAUCGUCCUCCCUUUCCGUUCCAUGGAUGAAGACGUUGUCAUGGAAGCGAUCUCCAACCAUGAAAGCUACAAGGAGCUGGACGAAAGCACGAAGAUAGCCAUUUAUAAUGUACAUCAAGAGGACAUUCAAGCGAGAGCUCAGUCUGACUUUAUUGAACUACUCAUAGAGAAAUACGCUCUCCUUGCGAGAGUGGAUAUCACACAAAAACCAAGCAAAGAGGUGGAGAAAUUGGUCAAACAACUGGAGCAUGAGCCUAGAUGGCAGAAGCUAUCGGAGAUGAGUCUAGAGCGAUACAUCAUGUUGAUAAAGCAACUUGCUUUUGUACAUAAUCCUACCACAGACAGCUGCUACUAUGGAGAGAAGUGUAUGGAAAAACUAACCCAGUGCUGUAUAGAACGAACAGUACAAAAGUCACCAAUCAAAGAACUGGGGACAUGGGAUGACUCAAGUAACCGACUUAAUAUAGUGGUGAUAGGCGAAGAUGGGUUAGCUGAUGAGCUUGACACAGAAAUCAAGAAUUCGCAGGCUAAACAGGGCAGCGGAAGAAGUUUGUCCCAGUCGCAAUCAUAUGACGGGGACUACACGUUGGAUAAGGUAUUAUACAGUCUUGAGCUGAAGACUAUAGAGGGCAACAUAACUCAUCCUGGUAAUCAACUCCAAACGGAAAGCUUCACUCCGCAAGGUUGCAUAUGUGUCUUCACGUCGCUCGAGGGUUUCCAGUACGUCAGAGAUUGCCUGGAACGUACCAUUCUCUCCGAUAGGGAGGAGUACAACUCAUCUACCCUGAGGGACCUGGCCGUGGUGCUAAUGUUCGGUCGGAGUACCAGUCCGGAGGCUGACACGGCCCAAGUCAGGGAGCAGGCCGACAAGUUAUGUAGCAGAUUGAACAACUGUCAAAUCGUCAAUGUGCCUCCAGACAACACCAACCUGUGGCAGGGGAAGAAAUUCAGCGAAUCUCAGAUACAGGACGCCCUCAGGUCGGUGGUGGCCGGUCAGAAAUACCGCAGCGGAACCCCCAACCAGGCGGAGAGUGACCGAGGCGAGAACGGCGAUAAUGCUUUCAGGAUCGGCCUAUGCAUGACUUGCGGUGACCCCUUCCAGCCGGACCUCGUCUUGUCGCCGAUCACGAGCCACAACUUCAUGGCCACGCCCAACGAGAAGAACUGCAUCACGAGCGACUUGUUCCUCAUCGAUACCAAGUGCCGGGUGGACUUUGAGAUCUCUUCGUAUCAUCUCAGUGAGAGCCUACGGGACCAGCGGGUUCACCAUGGCUACAUCCUCGUCUAUGCAGCUCAACGGAAGGCAUCACUGGAGAUGCUAAGGUGGUUCAUGAAGUUAGUUGAGCCUAUACCGACCCUAGUGGUGGCUGUGUGUGAAGACAUCAACUCGGCUGCGGACGGCAUAGCGGAGGGCCAACGUCUUGUGGACGGGACAGCCACUGCAAAACUAGUCACAGCCAAUUGCUCAUCGUUCAGAGAACAAACUGUGAUCUACAACAGUUUCUUGAAGGAAGCCCACAGGAAGAGGAAAGAAACAGAGAAGCUUUACAAGGCAGAUGAGAUCACUAACAGACCUCCAAUGGAGUUACCCUCUCCAAGUCGAGAUGUCUCUGUAGAUGAUGCCCAAACACCCACGUCAGGUGUGGAAGACCAGUUAUAUGAUGAGAUUGGUCAUCAGCAAUCUAGAUGGGCACCAAAACCCAGUAAUGAAGCUCGUAUGUACCACACAGCCAACUAUGAAUCCAGGCAGCGGCGAUGGGGCUCUGAGGUGAGGCGAAAGCCUAAUUUACCGUUGCCCUCGACACCACAGAGCACUGGGACAGAAGCACAUUAUACUCAAGUUGAGAGGAGAGGUUCCGAACCAGUGCGACCGACGGUAGCGUUGACGGCCCGUUCGCAUCAAGACUCCUUCCAUCCGCCGAGUCCUACUAAACCCAAAGUUAAACCCAAACCGCCGGUUAGGAGCAGCAGUAGAAAGCAAGAGUAUUCGCCAGGUGAUAAUGAAUCUGCAUUCCCUUCACAGGAACAAGAGGAAAUAAUGGCUUAUGGGGAAUUUAGACCACGGACAGCUCGUGUCGAAGCUGAGGAAAUAGCAGCAUAUGGAGAAUACCGCCAACAAGCACCUAAACAAACUGAGGAAAAUCCUGUGUAUGGAGUUGUUGAUAGGUCUGCUAAAAAAGCUGCAGCCAAACCUGCUCAAUCUGAUGAAAUUCCUGAAUAUGGAGUGAUCGAUAGAUCUAGGAAAAAACCUGCUGCUGAACCAGCUCCUUCUGAUGACCAACCGCUAUAUGGAGUAGUGGAUAGAGGAACUAAAAAGCCGUCAGUUCCAGCACCAGUUGAAGAGGGAUUGUAUGGAGUUGUGAAUAAACCAGCUAAGAGCCCUAAGCCGAAGGUUUUGCCGAAACCUGAUGCGGUAUAUGGCGUCGUCAACAAGCCGAAAAAAUCUCCAAAACCUUCACUGUCAACGACUGGAUCUGAACUUGAGGGUAUUACAGGUACGGCAGGAAUGUGGAAGAAAGCAGACAAGAACCUAGGGAACGAUGAUAUUCACGCCGUUGUAGACAAACCUGGUAAGACUGGAGAAGAGCAGAAAUUAACUGAAGAUACGCCUGAGCCUGAGGAUGUGUAUGCUACGGUUGAUAAGCAACGCAAGCCGACGGAGCAAAAUCCCUCCCCGGACGACCCUCCUUCCGACGGCGGGGAUCCCAUUUACGGGGUCGUCGACAGGCAACGUGAUAGAAAGCCGUCAAACAGAGAUCUGGGUGGUCGUAUUUUGGGCAGUCCGACUGAGGUUGGCGACGAUUCCAGCUUUGGGGCUCUGUAUUCAGAGGUCAACAAGGGUUUCAAAACAUCCACGCCAGAUACGAAUCGUUCAUUGGAGGGCUCAGGUAUGGUAGACAAUGUUCUUUAUGAAUCCUACACGAGUCAGAAGUCACCGGCUCCAUCAGGUAUGGUAGAUAAUGUACUCUAUGCAUCCUAUUCCAGUCAGAUGUCACCUGCUUCACAAACAGGUGAUUCCAUGACCUAUGCAUCAGUGCAGGACCACAGAGCUUCAGAGGACCCUAAUGGUGGGAUGCUGGACAACAUCCUGUAUGCCCCUUACACCCCUCCUGCAGAGUCUAGAUCUAGACAGCCACCUCCACCCACAGCUCCUAAACCAGGGAAAUUAGACCUUAGCAAAUUCCCAGUUCGUAUGGAGGGGUUGAUACGCCCCAUGGGGAGCGUGAACCGCCCCAACGACCUUCCUGUCUGGCACCACCGCCGCACCCCUGCCCAAAAUAACCACCCGCCCCCCUUUGCUAGCCCUGAGAGCGACGAAGGGGCCGGCUACGCCAGUCCGGCCGACGCCCUCCCCUAUGAUCAAGUCCGAAAGGUAAUCGGAAGCAGCUUUAGGACCGGGAGUAGCGGAGGAGGGGGUCCCCAGUCGGGAAUUUACUCGCAGCCCCACGAUCACCUGCCUCGCGGCACUGUUCAGAAGAUCUCGUAUGGCAAGCCGAUGGUUGCCUUUCCGCCCCGUCCAAGUGGGCUACCUUUUGGCAAUGACAGCACUCCGGAGGCCUUGUCUGCAGACAUCAGUCGGUCAAGAGAGACACCAAGGCAGACCCCGGUCAAGAGACCACUUGGGACGGUGGACGCCAGGAACAAGAAGCGAGAAGAUUUCCUCAAGGGUUUGAACAAACUUAUAGAAGAUUCCAUGGACAGUUCCGUCCAAGAUGAGCCAAAUACACCUCGGGAUAAUAAGCCUAAGCCCAAGAAACCAAAGGUGAAAGGGAAGAAGAAAGGUCAACCGUUAGUACCUAAGAAGCCAGUGAAACCGGCCCUUGAAAUGCUAAUGGUGACCGAGAAUGGUGUCCCGUCUUUCAUUGAACAGUGUGUGGAGAAAAUAGAGGAGGAAGGCCUUACUCAAGAAGGUAUAUACAGGGUCUCUGGGAAAGCAGCUGAUAUUGAAACCAUCAUCAAGAUGUUUGACGAGGACCAGAACGCCGAUCUGGUCUCGUUGGAGAACCUCAGUUCCAACACCAUCGCCUCUGCCUUGAAACAGUUCUUCAAGAAUCUUCCAGAGCCCAUUAUACCGUACAGUACACAAGAUAGGAUGAUUGCAGAUUACAAAGAAGUCAAUAACGAGGACCUCUUUGUUGAACGAUUACCGGAAUAUUUAGUUGGGCUAUCGCAAGUAAAAAAGACUGUUCUUACUUAUAUGAUGAAACAUAUGAAGAGGAUAACGCAGUGCUCCGAGGAGAAUCUCAUGACCGCCGAAAAUCUGUCCAUAUGCUGGUGGCCUUCCAUGCUGCACCCGCAAAGCAAAUCAUUUGACGACCUCGCAAACGAAGCACUUCUCGCGGCAGUCUUCAAGCUCAUAGUAGAACACUCAGAAACGCUCUUUGAUUUUUUCACGUGAGCACGGGUGCCCCAUAGACUUCACGCACUGAACCACUGAUGUUCAGUUUAAAAGUAUAGCCAGCCUUAAUAAACUGCGAGAUUAUACUAUUAUAUAUAGCAAGGUAUUUCCAGCGUCUUAUCCGCGCCUAUAUGCAGCGGAACAGACUGGUGUAUUUCUACUUUAUUUUCUACACUGUAUUAAAAUAAGGCACCCACAGUUAUAUUUGUUAUAUAUCGAGCACUGGAGGAGAGGAUAUUUGUUAUUGUUUUAAAAUGAAUUCUGCCCUCGCUUGGUGAUGGAAAGAAGAUAACCCUCGUUUCCUGAUUACGGGGAUGUAGCACUCUUGAAUGAUGUCAGUUGGUGGAACGGGAGACUCGGUGAUCAUUCUGUCUGGAAGAAGAUCUUCAGUGAUUUAUCUAUCGGCUGAGGGAAUGACCAUACCGGAAAUCGCUCUGGCGCAUCGAUGAGGGGAUGAUUCUAGUUGGUUCAAAGAAGCAGAUAUAUGUCAUUUUUUAAUCAUUAACCGGAGCUGUCAAUGUGGAUAGAUGUAUUGAUGCUGUAGCGUUUGAAUGACAGAAUCUCUUUGAACUGAAUCACUUAUUUGAUUUUUAAUACAACGGCAUCAUUUAUGGAUUCCAGUCAUCUCUAACUGUCGCAAGGAUUAGUGCAUUCAGUUAGCAGCACUCAUAUGCACUCAUGGUUAUCAAUCAUUACCACCAUGCGAUCUUGAUUACCCACAAUGCAUCACUGAUUACCCAUGAUGCAUCACUGACUAACCCUGUCACAGGGCCAUGUUCACUCAACACCAGACACCUCAGAAAACAUUGAGACUGUUUAGUCACUGUCCUAGCAAGAUUCCUGGGGAGGGAUUCACAAAGAUUUACGUUAACAAAAAAAUACUUUUAAGUUACCAGUAAUGUGUUGUAGAUAACGCAACACCGGAAUGGUCAGAUCAUUGGAUGUUCUUAACUGGACAUUAAUCAAUGAGAUGGCAUGUUGAAUUUGAUGUGCGUGUUGGAGCAUGAUUUUUCCAGAGACCUAAAUCUUUCUGAGACACCUUCCAGAUCAAGAAAAUCUUACUAUUAUAUUAUGAAAUGAUAUUAUUAUUAUUAUUAAUUUGAUUUAAAAUGAAAUGAGUGACAGUGAGAAACUAUAGUAUGUUAUCAAAUGGGGCCUAGACACUUGUCCACUUACGUAACGUCAUGAUUAUAAUUUCUGAAAUAGUCUUGGCUUGGUCAAGAUUUGUUUUACGAUGGGCAAUGAAGAGCGAUGACUUUUUACAUUCACUUUUGAACUUUCUAUCAUCUUUUUAGCCUAUGUAAUUUCAACAUUAGCAGGGUUGUCUAUAUAGUAAAGAACUAGUAUUGACCUUUUUUCUUGAUGGCAAAAAUGAGUAAACUUUUAAACCUUUUUCGUUAUUCGGAUUUAAAAUCAUGAAUUGAAAUAGGGCCCCAUGUUGAAUGUAUUGUCAGUUAAGUUUAUUUCAAAUUGUUAUAUUUUUCACUUUCUGUGAAAAAGAUGGAACCUACAUUGUCAUAAAGGUACUGCUAAAAACAGAUCAAAUCUGUUUUGAAAUUAUAUGGAGGUAUAAUUUGUUGAGUAAUCAUUGAGUGUUUAUUCAGCCGCUGCCUUUUUUAAUUGGUUCAAGGUAUUAUAUUGUUUUCAAACUUGUUUAUAUGUAGGGGUAAUACAUGCCUAAACCUUAGGACGAUGGUAAAUCCAGAUCUAUAUAUUAUGCUUCAGGCGUUAUUAAGAAAACAUGUAAAGUAAAGCCUGAUCAUGAGUAUCUUGAGUAGUUUUCAACGUCAUGGUGAUGAGUAUUAAAUCUUGCUUUUGAAGAAA